AUGGGAAUCAAAGAAUCCAACGAAUCACAGGAUCAGGAGUUUCUGAAAGAUAUACAAUAUCUUGAGGAUGAAGGGAGAUAUGAAGUGAACUUACCUUGGAAGGGAAUAUAUUCAAAAUCAGACUGUUACGGUAUGUGUUUGAAACGAUUACACCAGUUGAAAUCUCGUCUCGAUAAAGAUAAACCCUUAUUGCAAGAAUACGAUACAAUUAUCAAAGAUCAAGUGAAAGGAGGAAUUAUUGACCCAGUUCUUGUUGCUCAUGAAACCGGUUAUUUCCUACCCCAUCAUGGCGUACUUCGAGAAGAUAAGGAAACUACAAAACUUCGCGUGGUUUUCGAUGGUUCGGCAAGAGCUACUAAGGAAGAGCAGUCACUCAAUGAUUGCCUUGAAAAGGGACCAAAUUUGGUUCCACUUUUAUUUGACACUAUGAUAAACUUUCGAGGCUUCCCCAUUGGGCUUGCUGUUGAUAUCGAAAAGGCUUUUCAUCAAAUACAAAUUGCUCCGAAGACGAAAGAUGCUGAAGUUUCUUUUGGUUUGACGAUAUUAACCAAGUUCAACCGAUGCUAA